AUGUCUCUCCCAUCUCAGUCAAAAUUCCAGGUCUUCACAGAAACAUAUUUUAUGCAUCUUUACCACAUGGCACCUGUCAUUGAUCGGGCAGAUUUGGCUGUAGAACAACCAUCUGAUUUACUGAUAUUGGCAAUUUCUUUAAUCGGAUCCCAGCUGCGAUACCCUAGGGACCAACCCCCAACACUUUUGAGCGAGUCGUAUUACCUCAAGAUCAAGACUCUCCUUUAUGCAAAACACGAACACGAUAAACUUGCUAUUCUGAAAACGCUUUGCAUCUUAUGCUUCUGGGUUAUAACACCACCUGUAGUGGUGAGCCUUGAUUCCUCCUACCACUGGCUCGGCGUAGCCGUCCGACUUGCAUAUCAAAUGGGUCUUCAUCGAGAAUCGAGUUAUCUAAAAUUAUCCAACCCGGGAGCCGCCCGGCGAUUGGUGUGGUUCAUUUUCUGCGCAGACAAACUGCAGGCGGCGGCAUUUGGACGUCCUAUCUUCAUAUCAUCUCAGAGCAUAAACUUGCGCCCGUUAGAGCUUGAAGAUUUUGAAUCUCCAGAUGCUAAAGCGGAGACGUUUAUCCAAUUCACGAACCUAAAUAAACUCCUCGAGAAGAUUGUGGAGUUUCAGGACCGCAGGCCGAGGCAUCUCAUGAACAAGUGCGGAUUAUGGAUUCUCAACUCUUUGAAACAAUGGGUUGCGACCCUUCCAAGUAACUUGAACCUUCACAAUGAUUCUGGUCGCAGAGAAUAUUGUCGAGGUAUCGCAGAAUUACAUAUCCACUACUUCACUUGCAUCAUCCUAUUCAUUCAUUUAUACGGACAUGUCAUUAACCCAUCCAUGAUGACCGAUACAUCUCUAGUUGCAUCAUCGUGUAUGGCGCGUUUGUACGAUGAAAUUGAUGACCAUGAUGAGAUUAACUACCUCACGCCAGUCCAUAAUUGGUCUCUGAUGGUGGGGUGUAUCCCGCAAAUUCACAGACUCGGAGACAUUGGAUUACUUUCCGAAGAACAUGACUUGUGCAAUACGGAGCUAGAGAUCUUCGUCACUGCACUUAGAUGCAUGCGUCUGAAAUGGCCACCUGCAAAUAACAUAUUAUCGACUCUCGACCGCCUCCGGACAUCUAAAUUUCAUCCAAUGCUACCCGAGGAUCAAUCAAAAGUCGCCCGGCCGCUGGUGGUUCUGGAGGGCUUGUUCCCUUUCCCAAGGACAUGUGUCCCAGAAUGGAAAUGGUGA